GAGAGAGAGAGAGAGAGAGAGGCGGUUCAGGUCUGCAGGUGUCAUCGUCGUCUCUUCUUCCGUUUUACCGACAAUCUUCAUCCGUGAAUUCACCGUCUGUCCUGUGAUGGAAGCGAGAGAAGACAGAGGAGGAGGAGGAGGAGGAUACCACCGGGCAGCCAAGCGGCUCCGGACUGAGGAGGAGGCCGGCGCCGAGGAGCUGGAGGACGGGGAAGAGGAGGACUCCGCCGGUGAGGAUGCAGCGGGGAGCGGAGGCACCGAGAACAGGAGCCGGAGGAGCGAAGGGAAGGACGGAGGACAGGAGGACAGUCACCGCAUCCCCCCGUCUCCGGUGGUCCACGUCCGCGGGCUCUGCGACGCCGUGGUGGAGGCCGACCUGGUGGAGGCGCUCGACAAGUUCGGCAACAUCUGCUACGUCAUGAUGAUGCCCUUCAAGCGUCAGGCUCUGGUGGAGUUCGACAGCGUGGAGAGCGCCGAGCGCUGCGUGUCGUGCGGGACCCGUGAGGCCGUCUACAUCGCCGAGCAGCAGGCCUUCUUCAACUUCUCCACCAGCCAGAGAAUCACCAGACCCACCAACGCCGACGACCCCACCAGCGGGAACAAGGUCCUGCUGCUGUCCAUCCAGAACCCGCUGUACCCCAUCACCACGGAUGUGUUGUACACCGUCUGUAACCCCGUCAGCAACGUCCUGCGCAUCGUCAUCUUCAAACGCAACGGCAUCCAGGCCAUGGUGGAAUUUGAGUCAGUGGAGGACGCUCAGAAGGCCAAACUGGCUCUGAACGGAGCCGACAUCUACGCCGGCUGCUGCACGCUCAAGAUCGAGUACGCUCGGCCCAACAGACUGAACGUCGUCCGCAACGACAACACCAGCUGGGAUUACACCAAACCCUUCCUCCUGCACCGAGAGCGAGGGAAGGGGAGGCAGCGUCAGGCCAUCCUGGGAGAGCAUCCAUCUAAUGGCUACGGCCCACACUGCCCCCUGCUGCCUCUGCCUGCUAACAGCAGGUACAGGAGGAGCAGUGAGGAGGUGCAGGACAUGAUCUCCUACCCGCUGCUCCUUCCCAAGACCUCCUCCUCCUCCUCCUCUUCCGCCUCCUCCUUCCUGGGCCACGCCGCCUCCAGCUCCGUCGCCAUGGUGAGCGGCCUCCACCCGGCCAAGAUGAACUGCGGCCGUGUCUUCAACCUCUUCUGUCUCUACGGCAACGUGGAGAAGGUGAAGUUCAUGAAGAGUGUUCCCGGCACGGCGCUGGUGGAGAUGGGCGAUGAGUACGCCGUGGACCGAGCCGUGACUCACCUCAACAGCAUCAAGGUGUUCGGCAAAAAACUCAACGUCUGUGUGUCCAAGCAGCAGGCGGUGAUUCCCAGUCAGGUGUUUGAGCUGGCCGACGGCAGCAGCAGCUACCAAGACUUCAGCCUGACCAGAAACAACCGCUUCAGCAGCGCGCACAGCGGCAGGAACAUCAUCCAGCCGCCCGCCACCGUCCUGCACUUCUACAACGCCCCACCCACCCUCAGCCAACACCAGCUGCAAAAGCUCUGUACUGAACACAACGUUCCUGCCUUCACCAAGUUCAAGGUCUUCGAUGCCAAACCCAGCUCAAAGACUCUGUCGGGUCUGUUGGAGUUUGACAGUAAAACUGAAGCUGUGGAGGCUCUGACCGUCCUCAACCACCAUCAGAUCAGAAUACCCAACAGCUCCAACCCCUUCACCCUGAAACUCUGUUUCUCCACCUCCUCCCAUCUGUGACCCAAAAACAAGAUGGCCGCCAGUCACCUGCUCCUCCAGGAUGAAACAGAGAGAAAAUGUGUUCAUUACAAAAAUACGAAAAAGAUGAGGAGAGGAUUUCUGUUUUUCUGUGAGGUGUUUGAGUGGAUGACGUUUGUGAGUUUCAUGUCGACUCAGUGCGCAGCAGGAAGUGACGGAGUUGUGACGAGGCAUUUGAAGAAGAGAAGCACCUUAAUGACUCUGCAGUUAACUUCACUGGUGACGGUUUGAUUUUUUCUUUUUUCCUGAACGAUGUCAGAGGCCUGAGAGGAAAUCUUCUGCUCCGGCUGAAACGUGAACGUGAGUCUUCUUCCAACUGAACAGUUUUAUUCAAUCAAACAUGACAAAUCAAAUCAAUGAACGACUUUAUCCUCCAUGAAAAGGCCCUUUCAUAUCCUGAAGACAACUACAAAGAUGUAACUAUAGAAACAAUUAAACAGAAUUUUAGAAUUUGUUGUUGUACAAAAAAACUCAGGGAGGAAAAACUGUAAGCUAAUCAGAUAUCAGUCAGGAAGAGAGACGUGUUGUUCUGAAAAGUUAAAAUAUCUUUGUAGUUUUAAUAUGUCAGUUUAUUUUCUUUGUUUGAGCAUAGUUUAGGUUUUAUUUUGACUCAGUAAUACUUUCGAUUACGGCCUGCAGCGUACAGUACUGUGUAAUUCUUCAGUGCACCAGUAUAGUCCUUACAAUUACAUACAUGGAUGUACAAGGGACUAAGAUGUGACGUUAGAGAAUAAGAGGAUAACAACAUGGGAACUUAUAUUAUUAUACUGUUGGCAUUUUUAACUAAUGAGCACCUAAGGGUAAAGUGUAACAGUUACAUAAUAUAAAUCAGCUGUGUUUUCUUCAGACUACAGACGGUAACAAAAAGAAACUACAUGGGUCAAACAGAGGUCCAGGGAGCACACUGUUUGACCUGUAACCUGUAUGUAACUGUGCAUGUUGUAAGCAGAUCUACUUAACGUGUUCUUACAGGAGACUUGAGGUGGUACAGGUUCAUGUGGAUUGACAGUGUUGUUAGUGUUGUAGUUACAGAGCAGCUGAAGCUGUAGAGGAUGAUCUGUUAUACGUCCUGUUACUCAACAUUUUCAUGGGUCAGACUCAGUGUGUACCUUCAAACUAUUUCCACUGAGAUCCAAAAAACCUGCAGAGACCUGAUCCCCAAACCAGACAGGAGCUGUAGAAAACAGAUUUCUAAAUAUUCCCUUUAAAUUCCUCCUGAGCUCAGUGAUGGUCACACUGUGUCCUGUAAUAACAGAACUGGUAUCUGUUAGUUUGUACCUACAUGUGUGCAUCUGUUUUUAUUGGACUACUACACAAAUAUAACACUGUAAAUUUGGAAGAAUUAUACUUCACAGGCUGAAAUCUGAAGUUUUACCUUGUUAGAUUUUUCAAGUCCAUUGAGUUUAGUUACUGUUACUGUUGAAUCAGUGUUCUGUAUGUUUUUACAAAAUGACUUCAAAGCUGAGUGUUUUUAUUUCCUUGAUUUAUUGAUCAAUUGGUUUUUAACUGUUAUUUUUAGUUUAAUAAGACAAAGAUGGCAAAAAAACAUUAGUUCAGGUCAGUGUGUCUUUCAGCUGUUUUAAACUGAAUCUCUGUGUUUACAUCUUUUGAGAGGAGGGAGGUGAAUGUUGGUUUACUGAGGAAAAGAUCAGAAAUAUCAUCCUAGUCUCUUGUUUUCUUUCUAAUUAUCAGAAGUCAAUGGACAUUAAAGCACAACAUUGUGAACGGCCAGUGUUGAACCCAUGUUUACAGAAGAUUUCCAUUUUAAGGACUAAAAAUUCUUUUUAAUUUAAUUUUCAUUUUGGUUGUUUGAACUGUGACGUUUUCAGUAGCUAAUACUUUUGUGUGUUGCUGUAGUUUUGUGUAGUUACACACUGUGUUUGAUCGGCAUGUAGACUGUGAAGCUGAGAGAGCGUUAUUAGAAUCACAGUCAGAGGUUAACCUGUAACUGGGAGCAGCAGAAACAAGCUGUAACACUGACGUAUCAUCACACAGGGCUGGGCGAUAAAACCAUAACAAUAAUUAUUACAAUAUGAUUUUACAUCAUGAGAUAAGAUAUGAUGGAUAAAAUGUAUUUUCACAGAAAUGAAUCAUGACAAUCACGUUGCAGGAACAGAGGUCUGCGCUGCACAGGUUUGGUUUUAGCUUCUUAGCUUAGAUUUUAUCAUCGUAUUGUUUUUCUACCUCAGAUUUGUUCCACAGUCUGUCGAGUGUUUAGAGGAAGAGAAGUUUAAAACCAUAGUUAACUGUUUGGUUUCUUCAACUUUCACCCAGGAGCAAAAAUCAGCUUUUAAAGAUUUGACAUUUAUUGUGAUAAUUAUCGUUAUCGACUGAUAUGAAGCAAACAGUCGCCUCCUUUGACCGUUCCAACUUUGUGAAACGAUAAAGAGUCAGAUAUCAGUUUGUUCUGCUGCCCUCUAGUGGACAAUAAAUCUAUAAAUGUCAAUAGAAGCAGCUUUAAACAGCUGCAGGUGUUCAUGUGUUACAUGUGAUGGUGGAAGUUUUAGUCUUCACAUGACUGAACAGCAAUUACAACACGAAAAUAACUGUGUACCUGCUCGUGUCUCUGUAAAAACAUCAACCCUCCAACACUGUUUGCUAAUGUUUAUAUGUACAUGUGCUUCAUAUAAGACCUCAGCAGAAUACAUUAUCAACAGGUUUCAUAGGGACUAGUUCUUCUGCAGCCGUGUAGAUGAAGUCAUUUUCAAAGCUUGGUUUGGAGGCAUAAAUCAGAAACAGAUGCAUCCAGACAAAACCUGAACUGUCUGCAUGGACUGAUGUAUCUUCUCAGAGAGAUCUGCUUUAAACAGCUGGUUUCAGAUGGACAGCAGUGUGUUUCCCUGUAGAGACUCAGCCAUCAAAGGUGCCUGGACUUGGUUGUAGAUACCUGAAGAUGUGUUACCUCUGGAGGAGCCUCAAGUAUCUGCAACCAACUCCAGUCGCCUUUGAUUCGUGGAAAAGUCUGUUUGUUUUUCUUCCAUAAUAGCGAGUUAGGAGUGGGACUGAUUUGGAACCAGCGUAAUUAUUCAUUGUUCGUUAAAUAUGCUGAUGUUUUAACACAGAAAAGUGUCUCUGGAUCUGUCUCCUGUCUUUUCCCAUCAAGCCUCUGCUGACACCUUGAGAGACGCCGUCGGCUGCCUCUCACAGCGUCUAAUAAACUCUUUGUGACUGUG